CUGAGCUUGUUACCACAGAAACAAACUUGAAGCAUUAAGGCAGCGAUGAGUCAGGGUUGUUUUCGCCUUGUAGUCGGGGCACACCUUAAUCCCCUGCAGACCUGCAUCCUUGUCGAAAUGGCAGCCUGAAGUGUGUGUCUCCGCCGUUCACAUUCACACAUUAACAACCUGAAUGAACUUGUUAUUCGUCGAUCUCCUUUCUGGUUUUUCUCAGGCCGUGCUUUCCAGCCGUCGGACUGCCGCAUCCGCUCCCUGCGCGGCGCUGCAUGGCAACGGGAGGAGGAGGCUGUGCGGGAUAAGGGAGGGUACCGCGGCCCCACGUGUCCUCCUCGCCGCAGACCCUUCGCAGUUCUGCUCGGUUUCCCAUCCCUCGGUUUCCGCAUACCGCACACACACAUAUACAACUCCAGCCAUACACCCAGCGCCUACUACGCAUCCGCGCAGCGCUGCGGAGCGAUGCAUCCGCGAUGCGCGCUCUCUCGUUCCUCGCCGAUCCCAUCGCCGAUCAGUCUGUAGGCCCGGAUCGAUUCAUUUUUCAUCUUUCUGAUAUGCAAAUCCAGACUCUCCGUGGCAGUGCUGACCGGAGCUGAGAGGGCGAGAGGUAGAGAGGGGGGAGAGAUGAGAGGACGCGCAUCAUCAGAUGUUUAGCAGAUUAACUUUGGAUCCUCGCCAUCAUCUCUGCUGUGCGUUUUUUGAUCUUUUUCCUCCUCUCCACCUGCCGGGCUUCCUGACAUUUGGCGGGGGUUCUCCAUGCGGUAAUCGGAGAGAAUAUGUGAAGAUCAUGCUGGCGGUGUGGUGCUUCAUGGUCUUUGGUGCAGUGGGCGAGAGGCUUGCGGUGUCAGGUGCAGAUAGAGGACUGUGGGACUGGUUUGCCCCCUCAGGCCAGCUGGAUAAUGGGGAAACUGAGAUCACCUAUCCAAAGCGACUGGUGCAGCAGAUCAAGUCAGAGGAGGAAAUGGCUCAUGACUUCUUGGAUACCAGGGUGAAGAACAGCAGUGGGGACAGCUCACCUGUCCACCUGGCUCUGAGCUGCUUUCAAGUCGAAGCCUUCGGACACACCUUCACUCUUGACCUGGAACUAAACCAUCACCUGCUGUCUUCAGAUUAUGUGGAGAGGCACUUUAACUACAAUGGCAAGCCACUUCAGUCUGUGGGAGGAGAGCACUGCUACUACCAAGGAAGACUAAGAGGUUUACCAGCGUCCUGGGCAGCUGUCUCCACUUGUCACGGCCUCUGUGGGAUGUUCUCUGAUGGUUUCUACUCUUAUGGAAUUGAGCCUGUUCACAAUACGAGCUGGAAGGAAGAAGGAGCUUACUUAAUUCGCAGGAUGCCCGAUAUCAGACUUUCCCUGCACUGCCCAGAGUGUACAGAGGACAGUGAGCAGGACAGCAGUGAAAGUGUUGAAGAUGACAGUAGACCAGAGCAAGUGGAGGACCAGCAGGUGACUGGGGGGCUGAGAAGAUCCAAGAGGUUUGUCCGCAGGCCUUCUGUCCAGACAGAGACCAAAUACAUUGAGCUCAUGGUGGUAAACGACUAUGAUCUGUUUGUGCAGCUGCGUCGCUCGAGCAGCCAAACCAAAAACUUUGCCAAAGCUGUAGUCAACACAGCAGACACGAUCUUUCAGGAGCAGCUGAACACCAGGAUUGUUUUGGUGGCCAUGGAGACCUGGACCUCGGAGAACCUGAUGCCAGUCGUGGAGGACCCGCUAAUCACGCUGCAGAACUUCAUGAAGUACAGGAAGGACAGCAUCAGGGAGCAGAGCGACGUUGUCCAUCUUUUCUCAGGGCGUACAUUUCACAGUAGCCGCAGUGGGACAGCCUACACAGGAGGGGUGUGUUCUCCAACGAAAGGAGGAGGAAUUAAUGAGUAUGGGAGUGUUGGGGCAAUGGCCAUCACCUUGUGUCAGAGUCUUGGCCAGAACAUCGGGAUGAGAUGGAACAACGCAAGAGCCUCAGCAGGUGACUGCAGAUGCCCAGAUGCCUGGGUGGGCUGCAUAAUGGAAGACACCGGAUUUUAUCUGCCCAGAAAGUUUUCUCGCUGUAGUGUUGACGAGUACAUCCAGUUCUUGCUCCAGGGAGGUGGGAGCUGCCUCUUCAACAAGCCGAAUAAGCUGUUGGACCCUCCAGAGUGUGGAAACGGCUUUGUGGAGCCAGGAGAAGAGUGUGACUGUGGAUCCCAGGUGGAAUGUGCCCGCAGUGGAGGAGCCUGCUGUAAAAAGUGUACUCUUACCCAUGACGCCAUGUGCAGCAAUGGACUCUGCUGCAGUGGCUGUAAAUAUGAGCUGAGAGGUGUUGUAUGUCGAGAGGCCGUGAACGACUGUGAUAUUCCCGAAACCUGCACAGGAGACUCCAGCCAGUGCCCUCAUAAUGUCCACAAGCUGGACGGUUACAUGUGUGACAUCAGCCAGGGACGCUGCUAUGGUGGACGCUGCAGGACUCGCGAUGGACAGUGCAAAGGACUCUGGGGCUAUAAUUCAGCAGACAGGUUCUGUUAUGAGAAGCUGAACGCUGAAGGUACAGAGAAGGGGAACUGUGGUCGGGGGGCUGAAGGGAAAGGCUGGCUGCAGUGCAACAAGCCGGAUGUAUUAUGUGGCUUCCUUUUCUGUGCAAACGUCACAACAAAACCAAAAUUUGGUGAUCUGCAGGGUGAGGUGACCAGCUUUACCCUGUACCAUCAGAACAAGUACCUGGACUGCAGAGGUGGCCACGCUCUGCUAGAGGAUGGCUCCGACAUGGGCUACGUGGAGGACGGCACGCCCUGCGGUCCGAACAUGAUGUGUUUGGAGAGACGCUGCCUCCCUGUCGCAGCAUUUAACCUCAGCACCUGUACAGGAUCUAAACUUGGACACAUUUGCUCUGACCACGGGACCUGCAGCAACGAGGUGAAGUGCAUCUGUGACCGGGACUACACAGGAAAGGACUGCAGCGUUUUCGAUCCGAUCCCUGAGCCCACCGUCUCGACAGGCCCGGAGAAAAAAGGUCCCAGUGGCACCAAUAUCAUAAUAGGGUCCAUCGCAGGUGCUAUUCUCCUGGCAGCUAUAGUCCUAGGGGGAACAGGAUGGGGAUUUAAGAACAUUCGAAGAGGAAGAUCUGGAGGAGGAUAAGAUCACUGUCUGUCUCUCUGUUUGUGUCCUGUCCAUGCUUGUAUUCCUCCUCGCACCGUGUCGUUUCCACGUUAAAGAAGAGGGGAAU